UUCUCCUUCUGGUGCCGCCGGCUUCGAGCAAAUCGCUCAACAAAAGCUCAAAGCUUCUGAAACGUUCGCCGCGAUCACACUCCGAUCGAGUCCAUCUGCGGUGGUGUGAAACAUCACUCCUGGCGGUACAGCUUGUUCGGGUGUUGUUGUGUCCCCAGACGCGCCGAACUGCAUAUAAUUGCGUUGCCCGCCGGUGUGUCCACCGUUUCCUGUCGAUCGUCGUGUGUGUCUGUGUGUGGGUGUGUGUGCAUUGCAGUGCGACACCCCGUUGUUCUGGUUGCACCGUCCCAGUGGAAUGUUUUACAACUUGUUUACUAUAAAAUAGAGUGGUGUAACGCGCGUAAGGUGUGAAAGGUUAUGCGUGUCGAUUACAUUUGUGCGGCAGCAGCGAUAACGCAGAAGCAGCUGCAAGCCAAAGUUUCACCGGGCGAUCGUGGACCGAUGGGAAGGGUGCAUUGAAACAGUGGUAAUCUUCUCGCCGCGUUCUGCCGGGUUGCGUGAGCGAGCCUGUGUGUGUGUGAUAUGUUGUUGUAAAGUGUGUGUGUUUGCUGAAUGUUUGUCGUGUCACCCCGGCACCGCUGAAACCCCGUACAACGGAGCGUCCGCGCACCUAAGCUUUAACGAGAAUCAAAACAGAACCGUCCCAAACUCCCUAAUGAGCUUAGACGCGGAAGGCGUUUGCAGUGGUGGCAGCAGCGGUGGUAGUGGUAGUUGGCCUGUGUGUAAUUAACAUUCUUCCCACCGGUGGCGCAGUUCGACACAUUCCCUCCUCGUAGGCCCACUGUCGUUGUCGGUAGCAAGCGCCACCAAAACCACCGUUCCCUUCCCUAAGAGAGAGAGAGAGUGUUAGUGGCGCGGGUCCCGCGCGGGUUAAUAUAAUCAAAUCGAAAUCGAAAACUCAUCGUGUGUCACACUAGCCCACCCGCCACCAGUGGUAGUGCGCUGUGGCCGUUGUUUUUUUGUUUUUGUGUAGUUGUUUUCAAUUUCUUCUAUUUUGUGUUCGGCCCCCGGCCAGCGUAGUGUGGCAGCAAACUCUGUCCGGGCAUCAAAAUCAAAUCGCAAAUUGAGUGUAACCUUUACGGAAUUGGAAUUCUAGAUCGUGGACGCGGAUGGGUUCUUGUAUGUGUGUGUAUGUGAGUGUGUGUGUGCCCCUCGUGUGGAUGGUGUAGUGCAUCUUGAUUGCCGGAACGGUGACGAAAAGCUUUUGCGCUAGGGAAGCAGAGCGAUAAUACCUACCCUUUUGCUAUAUCCAACUACCCCCGGUCGAAGAUCCAAACCUCCCCUCCGUCACAUUUGCGAAGCCAACCGGCACCCGUGCGCAUUUGGCUUCCAGGGGCAUUGAAACGGGGAGCAGCAGCGGCGCAACGGCAACCAUAAUAGCUCAAGCAAUGUGCCAAGAUUGCAUCGGCGGAAGGAUCUCAUUGCGACCGCAGGACGCCCAAACGGUGACCGAUCCUGUCGCUGGCCAGGGAGACUGAGGGCCAUCGUAGCGAGGAAGCGCAGAACAACAGCAGAGCGAAAGAGAUAAAGAAGAGAAGGAAAAGAAGAGCAUUAAAAGCACACCAGACCAGACUAAUCAGGGACGGAGGGACAGUCCCGUGCUUCAGCAAGGCUCGAUAAGUGCUCGUGGGCACCACCUGUUACGCCGACUGACGCAGCUGACCGACUGUGGGUGGUGGAAUCGAUUUGCCUUCCCUCCCACCCGAGCGGUGUCCAUUGCAUCAUCAAUAUGCACGUGAUCGUUUUGAAGUACGUGCAGGUCCUGUGCAUUACCAUCUUCUUCUCGAACAACAUCAACUGCGACAAGCUGCUGCUGCACAACGAGCAGGAGGACCAGGAGCUGUACCGGAUCGGCGCUUGUACGGCCGCGUGCAUGGCCGGGACGGAGCCGGGCGGGCCGGUCGACCGUAACGCCACCGGCACAACCGUCCCCAGUGCGGAGGAGCUCAAGACCAUCGGCUACUGCUACAAGCGUUGCUCGGAGGACACACGCCCACUGUCCGCGUGGCGCCCGCUGGUACAGCGCCAGGAUCCAUCGUUACGCAUUAAUCUCAUCUGCCGCGACAGCACCAAUCUGAUCAUCGAGAUCAAACCAACCGCCUUGGAGGCGAGCAGUGGCGGCGGUGGCAACCACCACCAUCAGGACAGUAAACUCACACCGAAGCUUAGCGCACCCGGGGGAAAUCAGAACCAAUUAAAUGCACUGCGGGACCGAAGCGCGUCGGCCGAAUCGCCGGAAUCGGCGGCACCGGCCCGCAGCAGGCGUGCAAUCGGGGCGGACGGGCCACUUCCAACCGGGCAGCUAACCGAACGGCAGAAAGCUUCCAGCGGCACGCGUACCAAUCUGCUUCAGCCGUCGGCCGGAAAAAUCGAUGGCCCAACACUGCACGAUUCGGUGGAUCCGUCCGCUGAUGAAGAUGAUGAAGCACACGACGUCGCGGUCAAGGUUCAGCCGGAUCAGAAGCACUACCAGCGAGCGCUAGCGGCGGAACAGGACCGUACCCGGCCGCCGGUGCCGAUCUAUCUGGUGAAGGUGCAGGACAGCGAACAGGAGCUCGGCGACCGUAUAGUCUAUAUGAGCAAUGCAUCGCUGGUGAAGAUCGAGAACCUUGCGCCGAACAGGCGGUACAACGUGACGGCCACCAUGCUGACGUCCGAGUACGAGUACUACUACGUCGAGAAGCACCAGUACCGGACGCUGCCGCACGACUACAUGCCCGGCAUCGUUACCGACAUCAUGGUGGAGCGGUUCGAGACUAACGCGCGGGACAGCCGGCUGGUCGAUGCCGUCAUCUCCUGGACGCCAGCGAAAGACAGGACCUGCCACUACGAGAUCGUCUGCCAUGCCAGCUAUUCGCCCGAUUUUCUGCUCAAACCGAUCGACGUGCAGCAGUCGGAAGUGCUGUACAAGUACACGAUCAAAGCGUUGAAGCUGAGCGCUAAUUAUAUGAUUGCAGUGCGGUCGAAGAACACGCAGAACGCGAUGCGCGAAAGCCAACUGCACUGGCAGUCGUUCCACACGCCGAGCUGUACCAACCAUACGAAUGGUACACAGGUUUGCGCGCCGGAACCUAUCACGAAUGUACGGGUGACGCAGGUCCCACUGUACGGCGACCACUAUCAGCUCAACAUCAGCUGGGACCGGCCCACGAUCGCACCCGACUCCUACGUGGUGAAGGUGUUCGAUCUGCACAAUCCCGAAACGGAAGAGCCGGGCAAUUCUGUGACGAAAAAUCUAACCGGGGAUGCCGUUGGAGUGUUGAUAGAAUCGUUCGAAAUGUUUGGACCACACUUUGAGGUGCUGGUGGCCGCCUACUCCAGGGUCGGCGUGUCGUCGGAAAAUACCAUCAAAGCGCUUCAAAUUGGGCGCGUUAGCUCGGAAUCCUGGAUACGGACGAAGCUGGUGUUCAUCAUACUGACGCCGGUGCUGAUGAUCGGGCUGUUGAAGAUAUCCAUCUCCCUCAUCUGCCGGCGACGGGCAAAGCUGAAGCGGUACGAGGAACGGUGCGAGUACUUCAAGGAACUGGAGCAAAAGGCACCGGUCGAUCCGAGCACGGAGUUUGAGCCGACGUCCAAGCAGAUGCAGGAUCUGCUUGCCACCAGCCACCCGUUCUCGCCCGACCUGAUUGCCCCGAUCAACGACGAGCUGGAGAUCGAGAUGGAGCACAUCAAGCUGCACGACAUGCUGGGCGAGGGUGCGUUCGGGCUGGUGCGCAAGGGCGUACUGCAGCGGACCGGUGACGAUGGCGAACCGGCCCAACCGGUAGCGGUAAAGAUGCUGAAAGAAUGUCCACGGGUGGAAGACAUCCUCGAGUUUCGGCGCGAGAUGGAGGUCAUGAAGUCGGUCGGCACCCAUCCCCACAUCGUCGGCAUAGUCGGCCACUGUACGAAGAAUGUGCGCAAGAUGAUGCUGCUCACCGAGUACUGCGGCCGGGGCAAUUUGCUCAACUAUUUGCGCCUCCAGUGGCAACGACUAUUGCGCCAGAACCGUACCACCGGUACGCGGUCGAUUGGUGGCACCUCUGGCACAAACAUCACAGCAACACUACCAUCACCGCCACCACCGCCACCACCACCACCGACCAGGUCGUUGGAGAUGGCCGAACACGAAUGCUUAACGCCCUCGCUCGAUAACAACAAAAUGCCCGAGAACGUGUUCAACUUUGACACCUCGUUCGUGAACGAUAAGAAAUCGCUGACGUACAAAAACAUCUCCGACCACCGGCAGACACUGCUGGGGGUAGCGUUCGGGCUGGCCGGCGGCAGUGAUGGUAGUAGUGCCCGCUCCCGAUCGCCCCAAAUCAUCGAAAACAAGCUGUACCCACUGUUCAGCGACGAAAGCGACGGUGACGAAACGGCCCAACUGGCGCACUGUACAAAUGCAUGCAAAAAUGCGGUAGAAAUUGUCGAAGGAACGUGGGAGGUGGGUGAGGACGUGAAGGGAAGUGUGCGGAUUAAGCCGUGCAGCUGCCACGGCGCGCCCGUCGAUUCGACCCUAACGAACAAUACGGUCGAGAAUCGGUGGUAUCAGAGCUGCUCGCCACAGUCGGAGGAGGACGAGGAUCCGCUACCGAACAGUGGCCAGCUGUUGGAAUUUUCGCGCCAAAUUGCACUUGGGAUGGAAUUUCUCGCCCGCAACAAGGUGGUGCAUCGUGACCUGGCCGCCCGGAACGUGCUGGUGUGUGAUAGUAAUACGGUUAAGAUAGCUGAUUUCGGACUGAGCCGCGAUAUUUACCAGGAAAAUCUGUACCGCAAAACGAGCAACGGCAAGCUGCCGAUCAAGUGGCUCGCGCUCGAAUCGAUGACACACCAGGUCUACACGUCCCAGAGCGAUGUCUGGUCGUACGGGAUCCUGCUGUACGAGAUCUGCACCCUCGGGGGCAGCCCGUACCCGGCAAUAUCGACCAACCGGUUGCUUCGCUAUCUCGAGAGCGGUUACCGCAUGGAGCGGCCGAAAAGCUGCAGCGAGCUGCUGUACGAUUUAAUGUAUUCCUGCUGGAAUUUGCAUCCCGGCGAGCGGCCCACGUUCAGCAAGAUUGUGCACACGGUCGAGCAGCUGCAGGCAAGGGACACCGCAAACGAUCCGGUCGUAAUUGACCUGAGCGCAAUUGUUGAUAGCCAUUGUACAAAAAAUACUACCGAGGAAAAUUCAUACUUAAAACCGGUGGAGUAUUAGACCUGAUGCAACUGACGGGGCAGUGGAAAAUAGAGACCAACGUGGAUUUGCAUCCCGAUGGACACUGUAAUGUGACGACAACAACGAAACGUGUGGAGCGCACAUCCAAUCCCGCAUGAGCACACGUGACGCGCGGUUGGUACGAUUUUUACCUACCCUUCCGCCAGACACACAGCGAAGGAGUAGGGUGGGCGAACAAGAUAGAGAGAAAGAGAGAACCGUUCGCGGAACCGUAUAUUUUAAAACAGAUUGUAUAGGAUUAUAAUGUUUUUUUUUCUCUGACGCUCUUUUUGGAUGAAAUAUAUUUUUAAACAAAAUC